UUUAAAGAAAAUAAAAAUAAAUGUUUCGUCUACAGCGAGACCAGUUGCUUGUCUAUCGUCCAGUGCAACGAGAAACGAGACUUAGUAUCAGGCAUAUGCCUGUGCAAUUAUCCUAACGUGUUGCCUGUGAUUCCGCGAGAUUGGCUGUGUUGGCUAAACACGUUGUACAGUAAUAUAAGAAUUUUCUAUACGCCAUGUACAUUGAAAGCAAUUACAAGGCCAUGGGUAUCUUUGGUUUAUAAAAGGUUGGAAAACGUGACGGAAAGAAACGCGUUGUUCGUGCACUUCCUUGCGUGGGACAAACGAUACACUGGCCAUUUCUUCGAGGACCUUCUGACCGGACUGUUCGACAUCGCCUCCUAUCUGCAGCACGUGAUGCUCGUGGUUCCACCUCAGGUUACUCUAGGUGACCUCUCGAAUCGAUCCUUCGAAGAUAACGACGACGUGAUACCGAUCAUCGAUGCCGAAACGAAAUUGCUGAAAGAAUAUUACGGAGAAUAUUACGUCAGUGAGAUGGUACGUCAUCCGAACAGUCGACGUCGAUUGAUCGUCUCCGAGGAUAGCGAAGGCUUGGCUACGGGCGUGAUGUUCCUGAACAGCACGAUAAACGUCGAUAUACUCGACGAACAUUUCGAGCUGGCCCCCUACAACGGUCUCAGGAAACCUCACGAGAAAGAUCAACUUUUCCUGGACAGCAUAGAACCGUCCAGUGAAAUUUUCUGCUCCAUAUUUUCAAGAAAACCGUGCGACGAAAUAGCUGGGUUUCCGAGGAAACAGUCUUCGAUGCAAAGUAUGGGUUUCGAAAGCAUCACCUCCUUGAGUUCCAGCGAUCGUCAGAUAGUGAAACCGAAGUUUGUCGGAAAACCCAUAGACUUUUCCGACUUGAGUGUCGCCAGCGAUUUGCCGUCUCUCACCGAAUUCUUCCACACGCCUUACCAUUCGAAAACGUUGGCCAGCAUAUUCGCGGAUUCGUUGUACGAACUUCCACGGAGAACUAUCUUUUCGACGAUCGACGAUGAAGAUAGCCAGGAUUCGAAGGACAUCAAGCUUCCUAUCAGACCUAUUUACUACGGUGAACCGAACGCGUUCGUUUUGGAGAUUUUCACGCUGCAUCACGACAUAAGCGAUCGUUGGUCACAGAAUUUUAUCCAAGCUGCCUUCGAAUGCUUCCCUCAUCUGGAUUACUGCUGUAUCCUUCUUCCGUUCUCGCAUUCUUUUCUUCCCUUUCUCGAACACUUCGUGCGCGUCCCAUUGAGGUGUUACAUGGAUUAUCCGAUGACUCUGUACCUGACGCAUCGUGCUGCUGUUCUUGGGCGCAUUUCAUGUCGCGCGGCUGUAUCUUCCGACAAAGACAAACUGCGGGACCUUUUGCAAGGGAUUCCAAAGUCUGAAAAGAUAAUGGUCGAUUUUCAAGCCGCGGUAGACGAAAAACAAACGGAUUUACGCUGUUACGUUUUCCAAUGGAACGACGCGAUCAUUGGUUUGACGAUUCUUUGGUAAGGACUAGAAAGUUAACACGGUCCAGGUUCUUGUUUAACGUGCGAAAUGUAUGAUGUCAGUGCCGAGAAGGACACCACAUAUAUUCGAAGACGUUACCACGUAGAAGAUUACAUCGCGGUGAAGAAUGUACCAUACGACGCGUACUGUCGUAUCCUGCACUUUGUUCUAAUGCCAAUCUUCGCCAUUCAUCUGCAAAGUUUCUUCCGCGAAAUCAUGCGUCUGACCGACACCAUCGUUUUGUACUAUCGGUUAACGGAAAGCUCGUUAAGCGCACUGACUCGUUCGCAACCGUUGGCCAUUUGCUUGCACGGCAUGUACACCGUGUGUCCUCGACGCAGAAUCGACUACAAGUUUCGUGGCUACAUAGAAACCGACGAACCCGAAGAUGCAACGGAAUCGUUUUCGUUGUUCAUGACCACUCCGCGCCUUGCUGGAACCAUGACCGCUAUCAUCGACACGAGGAUCGUCGUGGUGGGCGCGUCGGACUGUGGCGUCGCGAACAGAAGCACAAAUCAAUGUGGGAUCGGAGUUAACUGUCCAUUUCUCAGUGCCAGCCAGAGUUACUCGCGAUUCGCCAGUCUCACGCUGAUAUCGACGAACGGGUUACCUUUCGACACCGAACGAAACAUCACGAUCGAACGUAUGACGCCGUUCUAUGGUCGUUUCUGCCGAGAGUAUCGACGAACGGUUCCAAUACGAACUUUCAUUAACGUAGUAUACGGCACUGCGUUGACGAUUGACAGAAAGCAGAAGACUGUGUCGGUUGUUAACGAAGGGAACAUCUCGUACGACUACUUGAUCCUAACAUGCGGACUGCAGUAUUACAAGCCUCGAUUUCAGGAAGAAUUGCAGGCACAAAAGAGAGGGGAACUAGUGGAGCUCAAAACGCCUUGGAAUUGUCUGACGAUCAACGACGACACGCAGGCGAUCGAAUGUUUAGAAAAGAUUCAGUCGUUGACAAACAAUUUUGAGGAUGAAAGCUACUUGGUUUUAGAGAAUAUUAUCCUUUACGGACACAACAUAGACUGCUAUUGCGCGCUUCAGGGUUUGCUCGAAUUUGGCGUGAACGGUUCCUGGAUCACGUUGAUCCGUCCCCCGUUGCAACCCUGCGAAACCAACGAAACCAUCUUCUUCAACGAUUGCGAAGUAACGAUCGCGGAAGAAAAUCGUUGUAUGUGUAAAGCUCAAAAAGGAUGUUAUGUCUCAACUUCUAACCGAGAUAUACCGUUUUCUUUAACUAUACCCUGCUCUCCGACGAUCCGCGAUAGCAACCGAUGCGUUUCAGCGAUAUGCAGAGCUGGAUUGGUAUUCGACGGCCAGUUGGUCAUAGAUCCGGAAUUCAAGACCAACGAUCCAUCGAUCUUCGCCGCUGGAACCAUAACCAAAUACCGUAGAAAAUUCUACGCCGAGUCCCGGCAACACAAGUAUUACAGCAGCAUCGAAAUCGGCGAGAGACUGGCGACCGUUCUUCGAUCGAUCAUCUAUAAUCAGCAUCGCCACAACGAAGUAGCUAAUAACCCGACAAAGGACAAGACAUUCUUGACGCUACCCGUGUUCCGUUUACCUCAUAUCGUGGCUUGCAAUUUGCCCGGUGGUUAUCGUUACCUGCACGUUCGCAAGCCUGGAAAAACGAUUCUGCGUAGCAUCGCGAUUCGUUUCGACUUCUACGUGAGUUCCCGUUGCGGCAUUGCUGCAUUUCACGCGUUGAAAAUCUCUUUCGUACGAUUUAGGGCGAAGUCUAUGACAGGCUCCUGCACGUCGGACAUCGGCUACUUCCGGAUACGAUUGAACCGUCAUGACUCGGUGGAGACCAUCACUUGUUUCAGUAAAAACGAUUUCGAGUUGGAUCACAUGAUCACGUUGUACGGGAAACACGAAAGUAUGCUGAACGAUUUAAAAACGCGAUUCAAAAGUUCACUGAUCGCUGAUUUGUACGCGUAUUUCCGCGAACCGUGGGCAAUGGCGAUCUUCUACGACAGAUUCGAGUGUUUACGAGUGGAGAACCGCGCUACUUUACUGUCGAAAAUGGCGAUUCCUGGUCAGUCUUUAACCGACGAUUGCAUACGAGGUCUGAUAAGAUCAAAGUGGAAUGCGAUGUCCGACAGCGAUCGUCGUUACAUCGAAUCGAAGUACGCGGGUUCCGUGUAUCAGCAAGAGCUCGAAGAGAGUUUGCUGGACUUCUUACGAUUCUCCGAGGAAGACAUUCCCGUGUACGUCACGCCGGAGAAGUUGCGCGAAUUGUACGCGGAUAUUGAAACCAGUCCUCUGUACAAUAACCUCUAAAGAAGCGAGCAGGUCUCUGUAACAAUAAAAUAGAUGAUCGCAGAACGAGGUGAAUUGGCAAUUUCGUCGCGUUACGAUUCACGAAACGUUUUUGAACGUUUGAGAGCAAACUUCCAAUCGAUAGUCGUCCUCGAUCGACACGUCCGUGACUACAUACUUGGUAUGCGAUCCCGUCUGUA